AUGGCACAUGGAAUAGCCGACACUGAUCCGACGAAGACAGAACACGUCGAUCCACCGGAGGUUUUGGAGAAGAAACUCGAUCAACUAGCUGAUUGGAUAAAAAAUGCCAAACACUUUAUCGUGUUCACAGGUGCUGGCAUUUCCACAUCUACUGGUAUUCCAGACUUUCGAUCGGGCAUGAACACAAUUUUGCCAACGGGACCAGGCGUUUGGGAACUUCGUGAUCAUCCCGGUGCUAAGCGUUCUCCUAAAGCUCGUGUCACAUCGUCAACAAAAGCCAUUCCAUCAGUAACUCAUAUGGCCUUAGUUGAAUUAGCACGACGCAAUCUUCUUCAUUUUGUUGUUUCACAAAAUAUCGAUGGUCUUCACUUACGAUCUGGCUUACCAUCAACAUUAUUAGCAGAGUUACAUGGAAAUUCGAAUUUAGAAACAUGUAAGAAAUGCCACACGAAAUAUUUACGCGAUUUUCGUACGCGUAGCGCAGCAAAGGUUCACGAUCAUGUGACAGAUCGAAAAUGCACAAAAUGUGGUUCAUCGCUCUACGAUUCGAUUAUAAAUUUUGGCGAGAAUUUACCUGAAUACGAACUGGAAACGAGUUUUGCACAUGCUGAACGUGCUGAUGUUUGUCUCGCCCUAGGCUCAUCUCUACGAGUAACUCCCGCUGCAGAUAUUCCGGAAAGAGUUGCUCGCCAUGGCGGAAAAUUGAUCAUUGGAAAUUUACAGUCGACUCCACUAACCCGGUUAGCUACAGAGAAUGUUCACGCGCUUUGUGAUGAUCUCAUGCGAGGAUUAAUGGCGAAAUUAGACAUUCCGAUACCAGAAUGGGAACUUCAUCGACGAAUCCGAAUUAAAAUCGAGAACGAGACAAUUUCGGUCACGGGUCUCGAUCUCAGUCAAGAUAUUUCGUAUUCGCUUUUUUCAGGAAUUCGAAUAUUCGUUCGGCAAGGAACUGUAGCGAAAUACGAUUCGAAAGCGAUUCAACGUGAAGAUCCUAUUGUUCAUAAAAUCAGAAUCACUGAUCGAAACGAUCGAAUGGAUGUGUAUAUCGAAUUGAAUUGGCAAGGACACUACAAUGAACCAAAGUAUACAGUGAAACUACCCUUAAGCAAUUCCACAAAAGAACUGCAUCUGUUUUAUAACCCGAAGACAGGACAUUGGAGAGAAGAGUAA